AGCGGGGCUGCGGGAGGAGCCGCGGGAGGAGCCGCGCUCGGCCGCUUUGUGCCGGCAGCCGCCGCAGGACGGCCGCAAAGCCAUGGAAGAGUUAAUAGUUGAGCUGCGCCUGUUUCUUGAACUUCUGGACCAUGAAUAUCUAACUUCCACUGUCAGGGAGAAGAAGGCAGUAAUAACUAACAUUCUCCUGAGGAUACAGUCAUCAAAAGGUUUAGAAAUAAAAGAACAUGCCCAGAAGCAAGAAGUUGCCAACAGUUUGCCGGCACCUCCUCAAAUGCCUCUGCCAGAAAUACCUCAGCAGUGGCUGCCACCAGAUAAUGGGCCUCCACCACUGCCAACAUCCUCCCUUCCUGAAGGCUACUAUGAAGAGGCAGUGCCACUUAGUCCUGGGAAGGCUCCUGAGUACAUCACUUCCAAUUAUGACUCAGAUGCCAUGAGCAGCUCUUACGAAUCCUAUGAUGAAGAAGAGGAGGAUGGAAAGGGGAAGAAAAUGAGACAUCAGUGGCCUUCUGAGGAAGCCUCUAUGGAUCUGGUGAAGGAUGCCAAAAUCUGUGCCUUCCUUCUUAGAAAAAAACGAUUUGGGCAAUGGACCAAACUACUGUGUGUUAUCAAAGAAAACAAACUACUGUGUUACAAAAGCUCCAAGGACCAGCAGCCCCAGAUGGAGCUGUUCCUGAAUGACUGCAGUAUCACCUACAUUCCCAAAGACAGCAAAAAGAAGAAGCAUGAGCUGAAAAUCUCUCACCAAGGAGCAGAUGCCCUGGUUCUGGCAGUGCAGAGCAAAGAGCAGGCAGAACAGUGGCUAAAGGUUAUAAAAGAUGUGUGCAGCAACUGUACAGGAGCUGUAGACUCUGAUGGGCCAUUGUCUAGUUCUCCAGUACACAAAGUGGAGCUGGAAAAGAAGUUGUCAUUUGAGAGGCCAAGCUCAGAUGGGGAAGGUGCUGUGGAAAAUGGCAUCACUACUGUGUGCAAUGGUAAAGAACAAGUGAAGAGGAAAAAAAGUUCGAAAACAGAAGCCAAGGGCACUGUGACUAAAGUAACAGGGAAAAAAAUAACAAAGAUCAUUGGUUUAGGAAAGAAAAAGCCAUCAACAGAUGAACAGACCUCAUCAGCUGAAGAAGAUGUUCCAACAUGUGGAUAUCUCAACGUGCUCUCUAAUAACCGCUGGCGCGAGCGCUGGUGCAGAGUGAAGGACAAUAAACUCAUUUUCCACAAGGACAGGACAGAUCUGAAGACACACAUUGUUUCCAUCCCCCUCCGUGGCUGUGAAGUCAUCCUGGGGCUGGAUUCGAAGCAUCCCCUGACCUUCCGCCUGCUCCGGAACGGGCAGGAGGUCGCUGUGCUUGAGGCCUCCUCCUCAGAAGACAUGGGCAGAUGGAUUGGAAUUUUGCUGGCAGAAACGGGGUCUUCUACAGACCCUGGAGCUCUGCACUACGACUACAUCGACGUGGAAAUGACGGCGAGCGUCAUCCAGGCUGCCAAGCAGACCUUCUGUUUCAUGAACAGGCGGGUUGUGUCUGCGAGUCCGUACCGGGGGAGCGCUGCCAACGGCUACGCCUGCCCCAGCGGGAUGGCGCUUCACUACGACGAUGUUCCCUGCAUCAACGGAUCGUGGGAACCAGAAGAUGGCUUUCCUCCUUCUCGUAGCAGGAACAUUGGAGAAGAAAUGCUUUAUGAUAACGCAGGCCUGUACGAUAACUUGCCGUCUCCAAAAAUCUUUGCGCGCUAUCCGCCAGCUGACAGGAAAGCCAAUAGGUUAUCUACUGACAAACUCUCCUCUAACCAUUACAAACACCCUGUCUCAUCCAGUCUGUCUCCUGCUCAGUCUGUCACUAACACCUCUGCUGUGGGGAGGGGAUCUGGCUCACAGUUUAAAGGCAAGAAGCCUCCUGUGACUGCUAAUGGGAUCACUGGAAAAGCAAGGACUUUAAAUAGCCAGCCAAAGAAAUCUGAAACGGUUUCCUGUGUGAAGCGCACUGCAUCCAAUGCAGAGCAGUACAAAUAUGGCAAGAAUCGUGUGGAGGCAGAUGCAAAGAAGUUACAAAGCAAAGAGGAGGAGCUGCUGAAGAAAAAAGAAGCCCUUCGGAACAGGCUGGCGCAGCUCCGGAAAGAAAGAAAAGAUCUGCGAGCUGCCAUUGAAGUCAAUGCUGGCAGGAAGACCCAAGUGAUUCUUGAAGACAAGUUAAAGAAGCUGGAAGAGGAGUGUAAGCAGAAGGAGGCUGAGCGUGUAAAUCUGGAGCUGGAGCUGACUGAGGUGAAGGAGAGCCUUAAGAAAGCCUUGGCUGGAGGCAUCACACUGGGCUUGGCUAUUGAACCCAAAUCAGGAACAUCAAGUCCACAGUCUCCAAUUUUCAAGCACCGAACUUUGGAAAACUCUCCAAUCUCCAGCUGUGAUACCAGUGAUACUGAGUGCUCCAUCCCUGUGAACAGUGCAGCAGCUCUGAAGAGACCUCCCUCAUCAAACAACUCUCCAUGUCGAGGCCAUGUCCUUCGAAAAGCAAAGGAAUGGGAGAUGAAAAAUGGAACAUAAACAAAAGAAAGCCACUCACUUUCCAUAAAGGCCUUACCUACUACAGACCAAGACUUAGGCUGCAAAGGACUCACCUGGAAGGUCACAUCAAGUGAUGAAACAUGAGAAGUUUUUUAACUCUGUUAAGUUAAUGGUAGCUUGGCUCUAAUUUGCCUGUAUUCCCUCUACUGUAUUGCUGUGUAACUCCGUGUGCCCCUUUUUAUUAGCUGUAACUCCUUGUUUCCAACUUCGCUGGUAGAGAAAACGAAAAACAAAAAAACCCCAACCAUAGGAACUAAAAAGGAGCAUAAAGUCACAGUUGAAAGUUCACUUUGCUGAAGCAGCAAAGAACCAGCAAUGCUGAAGACUGGUGUGAAAUCCUGACUCCUGCAGGUUAAAACUGCCUUUGGAACUCUGCCACACAGCAGGUCUGGCUCAUCAGCAGAGGCUUUGCUGGUGGCUGCUCACAUGGCAAACAAACCUGAGGAAAUGUGCUGGCAGAAGCAGCAGUGCCUGCUCAGCCCAGCAGCUCUGCAGGGCCACAAGGACUCAUUGGUGAAGCGUUUUUGGGAUACUUUUCAGACAGAUGCUUUUGUCAUGGGGAGAUAAAAAGCUGCCAAACUUGGAGACAGA